AUGACGCUGGCAAUACUUUUGCUAACCUCUCUACUCACAUUCACACACAUCCUUGCCACUCCCGAUGAACGUGAUGGCCGCGCUCUGUUUAUGCGCACACGCAAUAACUUUCCCAGUUAUCCCACACCUCAAUGCAUUUGUAUACCCGGCGCUCGCGGUAGUACUGGGGAGCCGGGUACAGCUGGCGUGAAGGGACCACGUGGUGAAACAGGCUUAAAAGGUCCAAAGGGGCCACAAGGUCCCAACGGGCCACCUGGACUGCAAGGUGCUAACGGACGUGAUGGUCCUACCGGUGCGCCCGGUUCGCCGGGGCCAGCUGGUCGACGUGGUUUCCCCGGUGGACGUGGUUUACCCGGCCCGAUAGGACCGCCUGGCUUGCCUGGACCACAGGGAGCCCAGGGUGAUCCUGGGGUAGUAAUUUCUGCAACAACAGCUGCGUCUACAACCAACAGUUCGUCCACGAGACGAUAUUAA